CAAUUGUGCUAGUGUUCCUUAGUUUUCUAAAAUGUUUGGAAUGAUUAUAGGAGUCACUCCCACCAGCCAAAACUAUUACAGUGCUGGAUUCGAACCUUCUACCCUGUGAUAAUGCUGCAGAAGUCACAAGUGAUUUUAUUGGUGCAGACAAAUCCCCUUCCAGUGAUCAUGAAUUCAGCUCCUCAUCUGAAUUGCACAUAUUAAGUUUGAAUGAAAGUGAUUGCACUAAAAGCAUUACAACUCCAUCUGAAGAAUUUGAAAUGAUUUCUCAUUACGUCAAUUUAGAAACAAAAAGUGAGACAAAGGAAAGUGAGGAACUUGAAGUAGUGAGGACAAAAGUUGUGAGAAGAGUGAAAAAAACAAAACUUGAUUCUCCUAUGUGUCCUGAUUUGUCAACCUCUGAAUCUAAAAUCCAAUCUUCUGGUGAUUCAAGUUCCUCUCUUGAAAACCGUUUAAGUAAAGCUACCAUGGACUCGGGUUUAUGCUUAGAGACGCCCUGCUCAUCUGAAAACGAUUUUUCAGAUGACACAAAGAGCUUGGAUAAUCAUCAAAUGUCUUUCCACAUUGAGGAGUUGCAGCAGGACAUAAAUGUAACUUUUUCAACACCCAAGAAGUCAAGCGUACCAGAUUUGCCUUGUGCAAUUUCUUCAGAUUGCAAAAACUCAGAAGAAAGAGGUGUACCAGAAGGUCAGGAAGAUCCAGUUGAUGCAGGAUGCAACUUUGAUAAUUCGCCAAAUCGAUUGCCGUUACAGCUUGGUGACGAUGGUAAUGAUAGCAAUGAAGAACUUGAAGAAGAGGAGGAGGAAGAAAUAUCAAUUUAUGAUAUGCAUAAAACAUCACCCAUUAAACAUUGUGAUUCAUUAUCCUUUGAAUUGGAAAAUGCUGACAAGAUGUCACUUCAUAAGGCUGGAAUGCAUCCAGAUGCCCACUUUGAAACUUCUAAUGGUGUCGAUAUUGUUCAAGAAGAGAUGGCAAAAAUAGCAUUAGAAGCUCCGGAACCUUUGAAUUUGAACGUAACAAACAAUAUUCUUCUCUACUUCUUAGUUGAAGUAUUUGAAAAUGAAGAAGAAGAAUUUUAUAAGCUUUAUCCUGGAUACUCAAAUUUUACUGAAGGUUUCUCACAGAGAAUUUACUUCCUACUAUCAAAUAAGAGUGCUUACUUCAUCCAGCCUGGUAAUGAUGUACAAAAAUUCUUUAAGUGUAGUAGUCUUAGGUAUUGCGAUAUUAACUACAUUAAUGUUGAUUUGAAUUAUCAAGGCUUUAAGUUAAUAUCAAGAGAUAAGGAAGCUUUUCCGUUGCACACAGCUGAUGCUGAGUUAACCAGGGAUAUACUUUCCAACUUAGAAUUAGGAAUCCGAAAGUUUAUUCCUAAGUUACCUCUUCCAUCAGUUUACACCAAUGCAGAAAUCCAGACUUACCUUUUGUCCAAGUUUUUAGCCUCUCAACUAGACUGUGAUCUUUCAAAGAUAGUCAUACAUCAUUAUGUGCUUGCAAGAUGGGAAGAUUAUACUUCAUCAAGUGUAACUCCUUCAGGUCCUAUUUAUCAAGACUACCUAAUGUAUAGGCAUAAAUUUGUGAAAGAAAAUAAAGCAACUUCCUGGAAGCCAGCAUUCUUUCUUUUGAAGGGUGGUGUUUUGUAUUGUAUGGAAACAGAGAAAAGUAAACCUUUGUUCUUUAUUCAAAUGUGUGCACCCCAUUGUCGAGGAUGUCGCAGAAUUCAUUUGUUAAAUCGUCCUCAUGCAUUUGAAAUCAUACGUUCCAAUUCUGAUUCUCUCCAGUUGGCAGCAUCAGAUACCCUCGAAGCUUCUAAAUGGCUGCAGUUUUUCCUUGAAAGUGUUUCUUUGGCUGGACAUUUUAUUGAUGCUGAUAGAAAUAUCCAAAGACCUGCCUGUAUUAUCCUGGUGAAUGAUAAAAUAGUUAUUACCGUAGAAAAUACUCGCAAAGGCAACUUUAAUCUUCUUGCAAAAGGAAAUAUCUGUGAUUUAGUAACAGUAUUUAUUGAUCAUGUUACUCCUAAUUUUAUCAUGCUGGAAUUUGAGAUUGCUGAAGCGAGUAAAAGUUGCGGUGAAUGGCUUAUCUAUUUUGAAUCUUUGGAAGAGAAAGAUACAUUUUUGGACGUAAUCAAUCAAAUAUGGUCUGAUUUACGCCAAGUCCCUCUCAGUAUUGAACCCCUUAAAGACUUAUAUUUAUUGAAACGAUAUCGCUUAGUAGCAGAGGAGUUGAGCAUUGAAAAGUUAGCACUUCAAGACUUUUGUGCAGAUGAGCAGUAGAAAAGCCUUCUUAGAUAACUUGCUAGCAUAAUCAAUUAACCAAAGAUCGUGUGAUACGUUCAAGCUUCAAAACACUUUUUCGGUGCACUCAUCUACGAGCGCUUCAUUCAUCAAUCUCAGUAGGGAUUUAUAGGCAUUAUUCAAAGUUUAUUUAUACCUAUCUAUUGCAUGGGA